AUGGCUCACUUCGUGCCUCUGCCCAAGCUUCCGUCAGCCAAGGAAACUGCCGAGCUCAUGUUACUCCACGUCUUCAGGCUCCAUGGUCUCUCCGACCAGGGACCCCAGUUUGCCUCUGUGUCCUGGAGGGAGUUCUGCGCGCUUGUGGGGGCCACCCAGUUGUUGUGGGUGGAGUACGCCCACAACACCCUGACAAGCUCGGCCACUGGGCUCUCCCCUUUCCAGUGUGCCUACAGGUUCCAGCCUCCACUGUUCCCGGCGCUGGAGAAAGAGGUUUCCUGCCCGUCCGUCCAGGCCUUCAUUCGUCGCUGCCGCAGGACGUGGACCCAAGCCAGGGCGGCUCUUCUCCGUUCCGUGGACCGUUACGCCACGGCUGCCAACCGUCACCGUACCCAGGCCCCCACCUACCUCACGGGCCAGAAGGUGUGGCUGUCGACCCGGGACCUUCCCUUGAGGGUGGAGUCCAAGAAGUUGGCACCCAAGUUCAUCGGUCCCUUUGAGAUCCAGAAGGUCAUCAACCCAGCGGCUGUGAGGCUCAAGUUGCCUCGUUCCAUGCGGGUCCAUCCUACGUUCCACGUGUCCAGAGUAAAGCCAGUCCGGGAGAGCUCCCUGGUCCCCGCAGUCCCUCCUCCUCCACCUCCUCGUCUCAUCGACGGUGGCCCCGCAUUUACGGUGCACCGCCUCCUGCGUUCCCGCCGUCGCAGGAGGGGUCUCCAAUACCUGGUCGAUUGGGAGGGUUUACGGUCCAGAGGAGAGGUCCUGGGUUCCUGCUCGACACAUCCUGGACGCCUCCCUCAUCAGGGGGUUUCACCGGCGUCAUCCCGACCAACCGUCCAAGUCCGCCACUCCUAG